CCAACAGGCACCAGGGAAGAAGCAGGAGACCCACGACAAGAGGAAGAGAGGAGCUUCAGGGCGAGCAGAGCGAAGAAGAAGAUCACUUGAUCACAGCCAAAGGCGCGCGCAAGAAUGGGUGAGGCGCCGUGCGUCGUCGUCGGGCCUCGCCGCGCCGCCGCGACGCACUCGUUCCGCCUGGCCCGCCGCGGGCGCCGGAAGGUCCACGUCGUCCGGCUCGGCGGCGGCGGCCCCGGCGCGCGCGCACCGGCGCGCCGCGGGUUCCGGCUCCGGCGGUGGCUGCGGCGCGCGGUGUGGCGCCUCGCGGAGCUCUGCGUGGCGGCGCUGGCGGGCCACCACCCGGCGGGGGCGCCGCCGCCCUGCGCCCACCCGCCGUGGACGGGCGUAGAGCCCUACUUCGCCGCGCCCUUCGUCCCCGUCGCACGUAUGAAGCGCGCCGCCGGCGCGCAGGCCUAGCUGGAGCUUGUCUGGCCGCGCUCUCCGCAACGCGGGACUGACGCAUUUGCUGCCGUCGACGCGCGUCGGCGUGCGGUGAACUCCAGAGACCGCUCGUGCAUGGUGUGCGCGUCUGACAGCAGGUGGAUCACGUACAGGCGCGCGCUGUGCUCUCUUCUUCUUCUUCUUCUUCUUCUUCUUCUUCUUCUUCUUCUUCUUCUUCUUCUUCUUCUUCUUCUUCUUCUUCUUCUUCUUCUUCUUCUUCUUAAGGCAACGAAGAAGCAUCUGCAGCAGCACCGCGGAACAGUGCGCUGCUGCAGGCAGCUCCACUCAUGGGCGUUACAGAUUUUUAUUUUCGAUCGAUUCCUUAAUGUAGCUUAGAGAAAAAGUAGGCCACUGUUCUACGGCAUGUAUUGUUUGUACUUUUGUACUGGCUACUGAUCAAUAUUAAUGCAAGUAUAACCAAUCUCUGACA